GAAGACGUAGACCGAUCGAUGAAAGAUAUCUUUGCGGGUGUUUUCGACACACAGAAACUAAAAGCGAGCGACCGAAGGUCUUCAGUCACGAUAGACAGGAGGUUAUCCAUCGAAAACCCCAACACAGAUCUUGCAAAUAGCAGGCAUGUUGCACAAAGAUGCAACUCGCUUGGCCAGGAGGAAAAAAAAAGGAAACGAAACGAAACCGCCAUAAAUGAAGGAGAGAUAUGUAAAAAAAAAUUGAAAACCCAGAAGUAUUCUCCAAAAAUAGUCAAUUGAUCACAAACUGGUUAGAGAGUAACAAAUACGAAAAGGUGGAGAAGAUGACCUUUGA